AUUCUCACGAAUCUUCCAUCGCAACUUUGUUGUUUUCUGUAGUUAAUCCUCAUAUAUACUAAACCCUUGUAAUUAAGAAACCUCGUAAGAAUGGCUGUGGCGAGUUUGUAUCGGCGAUCACUUACCUCUCCUCCUGCGAUUGACUUUUCUUCUACCGAUGGCAAGAAUAUAUUCAAAGAAGCGGUUCAGAAAGGAACAAUGGAAGGAUAUUUCAGUUUAAUUUCUUAUUUCCAGACGCUGUCUGAACCUGCCUUUUCUGGUUUGGCUAGCCUUUCAGUGGUCUUGAAUGCCCUUUCCAUCGAUUCCGACCGAAAAUGGAAAGGAUCUUGGAGGUGGUUUGAUGAAUCAAUGCUGGAUUGCUGCGAAUCUCUGGAGAUAGUGAAAGAAAAAGGGAUUUCAUUUGGAAAACUUGUGUGUUUGGCUCAUUGUUCAGGAGCUAAAGUGGAAGCUUUCCGCACAAGUCAUAGUACCAUUGAUGAUUUCAGAAAAUUCGUAGUGGCAUGCUCCAUUUCUGAGAAAUGCCAUAUGAUCUCGUCAUAUGAUAGAGGAGUGUUUAAGCAGACUGCAACUUCUCACUUUUCACCUAUAGGUGGCUAUAGUGCUGAAAGAGACAUGGCUCUGAUUCUUGAUGUCGGUCGUUUUAAGUAUCCUCCUCACUGGGUUCCUCUUAAACUUCUUUGGGAAGCCAUGGACACCAUUGAUCAGUCAACAGGGAAACGUAGAGGGUUCAUGCUCAUUUCUAGACUCCACAAAGACCCAGGAUUGCUUUAUACUCUGAGCUGCAAAGAUGAAAGUUGGAUCAGCAUAGUCAAGUAUUUGAAGGAAGACGUUCCUCGUCUUGUAAGUUCACAGCAUGUAGAUACUGUUGAAAAAAUCUUAUCAGUUGUGUUCAAGUCCCUUCCGUCCAACUUCAACACAUUCAUUAAAUGGGUGGCUGAGAUCCGAAGAACAGAGGACGCAAAACCAAAUCUUAGUGCAGAGGAGGAAUCAAGGCAAAAGUUGAAGCGAGAUGAACUGACGCAAGUGCAUGAAACCGAACUGUUCGAGCACGUGAGCAAGUUCUUAACCUCAGUGGGCUACGAAGAAAAUCUAUCAUUCGCAGCUGCUACGGCUUGUUGCCAAGGAGCCAAAGUCUUAUCCGGAUGCUCAUCAAACGAGUACUAUUGUCGCGAAACUUCUGUGAAAUGCAUCAAAGGUCAUGGGCCUUCUGGAGUGGAGGAAGCCACAGUUAUAGCCGGAGUUGUGGUUCGUGACGGUAGUGAACAAGAGGUUGACCUAUUGGUGCCGUCGACUCAACCUGUCUCGAAAGGAAGUGAAUAUUAUAGUCCGGAGUCAAAGUAUCCAUCAGGCAGCGAUGCAUUCACCGCGCUUCUGAUGGCUUUACCUCCACAGACAUGGUUUGGAAUCAAAGACCAAGCUCUUCAAACCAAAAUGAAGAAGCUGGUCUCCGUUGGCACCUUCUCGACUAUGCAUCACGAAGAGGUAUCUCAUCUUAGGAGACAACUUAUAAUGCUAAAGCGAUGCCAAGAGAAGAAGGAAGAGGAAGACCUCACCGCUCCUCUCUCUUAAUUCAAUCUAGUUCCAAUUUCUCAGAACUCUAUAUUUGCAAAGAACAAUGUGGAAUUGUGUGAUAUAUGCA